UGUUUAAUUGGCUGGUGCUUUGUCAAAUUGAGAGUGGAUUAUGAAAGAAAACACGCGUUUCGAGACCUCAAUCUUUCACCUCCCGCCAAUUUUGUCUUCUGUUGAAACUGGGUUUCUAAUUGCAGAGUGAAUUUUCAUCCAAUGAAGAUUACAUCCGGUGAAUUAAUUUCAUCUGCAGAAGGAGAAAAGAAGAAGGUGAUGAAUUCAGAGCUAUGGCAUGCUUGUGCCGGCCCUUUGGUAUCUUUGCCACCUGUAGCCAGUCUUGUUGUUUAUUUUCCUCAAGGCCACAGUGAACAAGUGGCAGCAUCAAUGCAAAAACAAGCAGAAUGCAUCCCAAGUUAUCCCAACCUCCCUUCCAAAUUGAUCUGCAUGCUCCACAGUGUCACCUUACACGCUGAUGGCGAAACCGACGAGGUCUAUGCUCAAAUGACUCUUCAACCAGUUACCAAAUAUGAUCAGGAGGCGUUACUCGUUUCCGAUAUAGGACUUAAGCACAACAGACAACCUACCGAGUUUUUCUGCAAAACUCUUACAGUUAGCGACACCAGCACUCAUGGCGGCUUCUCUGUUCCUCGUCGAGCAGCUGAGAAAAUAUUUCCACCUCUCGAUUUUUCAAUGCAACCUCCGGCUCAGGAGAUAUCGGCUCGAGACUUGCAUGAUCAAAUCUGGACAUUCAGACAUAUUUAUCGAGGUCAACCGAAGAGAUACCUUCUGACAACGGGUUGGAGUGUAUUCGUGAGCUCUAAAAGACUCGUAGCUGGCGAUACUGUUAUUUUCAUAAGAGACGAAAAGUCGCAGCUUCGGCUAGGUGUAAGACGAGCAAACACACAGCAGCCCGCUCUCUCCUCGUCUGUAAUAUCAAGUGACAGCAUGCAUCUCGGAGUUCUUGCAGCUGCAGCUCAUGCCGCUGCAAAUAGCACCCCAUUUACUAUAUUCUACAAUCCUAGGGCUAGUCCUUCCGAGUUUGUGAUCCCGUUUGCAAAGUACAACAAAUCGAUGUACGCGCAAGUUUCGUCGGGCAUGCGGUUUAGGAUGAUGUUCGAGACGGAGGAGUCCGGUGUGCGCAGGUACAUGGGAACCGUUACUAGCGUCUGCGAUUUGGAUCCCGUUCGAUGGAAAAACUCGCAGUGGCGUAAUCUUCAGGUUGGAUGGGACGAAUCGACAGCUGGCGAUCGUCCGUGCAGAGUCUCGAUUUGGGAAACCGAACCAGUUGUCACUCCAUUUUACAUAUGUCCUCCCCCGUUUUUCAGACCUAAGUUCACUACGGAUGAUGUUUCGGAUAUGGAUAAUAUGUUUGGGCUAAAAGAUGCUUCGAGCUCGAUUUUCCCCGGGCUGAAUUUAGUCCAGUUGAUGAAUAUGCAGCAGAAUCUCGGGGCCCACGAUCACUCGAAACUAUUGGACUUCCAAUCUCCAGGUUUAUUACCACCUAAUCUUCGAAACCAUCAAAAUCAACAAAUCGGUCAAAUUGACCAAGAGUCAACCCGAAACAAUACGCAGCAAACAUCAGCGUACCCUCAGCUUGCAUGCAACGUGCAAAUGCCGCAAAAUGAGCUGUCUUAUAAUAGAAGCGCGUUACCUAUGAAUUCGACAAUUCGGGAAUUGUCUUUCAAGCAAUUCACCGAAUCGCCAUCGCCAUCAGGCAUCUUUCAAAAUAGGUCACAAGGGCAGCAAAUUAUACAAUUCCCUGAACUACAGAGUUUGUCUCAGAGGCCUAUCGUGGGGGGCCCACAGGCAUCACAAUUACACCGUGUUUCGGAGCAGAUGCAACUUCUUCAGAAACUGCACCAGCAACAACUGCCCUCACCAUCGAUCAAUCCAGUGACGGAUUCUCAGUCGAAAAACGAUUUACAGAACCAAACGGGACCUUAUGCAUUGCUGGGUAACGCGUUGAUUCACCCUCUCCCUAACUUGAGUCAUAGUAAGAUAGACGUUCGAAUAAAGCACGAGCUGCCAAAACACAAGAGUGCUGACAUGGAUGCUGCUUCGUCAGCAAACUCGUACCACCAGCAGAAUAGUUUUCCGAUGAACGGAUUUGAUGGAGAUGUUCAGUCACAUGGCAGAAACGGGUUUCCUUUUGGGGCGACAGGUAUUGACGGAUUUGCCCCUGAUGCUCUGUUGUCGAGGGGAGGCUUCGACUCUGCCAAGGAUAAUAAUAUGCAAAAUAUUGAGACAGACUUGUCGUCUGGAAUCAAUUCUCAGUCGUUUGGAGUGCCAAUUAUGUCUUUUAAACCAGGCUGUUCGAACGAUAUUGCUCCCUUAAACGAAACGUGCGUUCAAAAUGGCGGGUUGUGGUCUAAUCAGACUCAACAACGCAUGCGAACGUACACCAAGGUUCAAAAACGAGGAUCGGUGGGAAGAACUAUAGACGUUACUCGAUAUAAAGGAUACGAAGAGCUUAGGCAUGAUCUUGCACGUAUGUUUGGAAUCGAAGGGCUUCUAGAAGAUCCUCAGCGGAACGAGUGGAAGCUGGUGUACAUAGAUCACGAAAACGACAUAUUACUCGUCGGAGACGAUCCAUGGGAGGAAUUUCUGAGCUGUGUUCAGAGCAUAAAAAUAUUAUCGUCUUCCGAGGUAUCGCAGAUGAGCUUGGAUGGAGAUUUAGGACAAAUUCCUGUCCAAACCCAAGCUUGCAGUGGAACACACAGUGGUAAUAAUGCAUGGAAAUCACACUACGACGAUAAUUCUGCCUCGUCAUUCAACCGCUAACGAUAAUUUAAUUUCUCAGCAAUUUCGGGAAUGCAUUACUUGUUGCUCACUAGUUGUAUUCUCAGAUUAUAA